GUUUGCUGUUGUGUACAUAUAAGGCAAUCAUGAGCAUCUCAAAUGUGUGUCCAACUGAAGAUGCUGUUCAAGCGUUUUUGGAGUUCUUGGUUGACCCUAUGCUACCCAAAAAAUUAAUUUCGGAUACUCCGGAUAAGCCGGAAGCAGUUGCCAAACAGGUACAUGCCGUUGUGUUACUAUACAACUAUUACCACAGGAAAAGACAUGCCGACUUAGAGUUUCUAGAUUUUGAGCCGUUUUGCAAGUUGGCUUUACUUUUGAAGCCAACUUUGAUGCCACAUAUGAAGCUCAUGCUAAGGACUGAUGAUACUGAAGUGAUCAACCUCGAGAAGCAGCUUUCAUUGACAGAGAAAGCCGUCAUGGAUGCAUGUGAUAUAUCUAGAAGUUUAUAUGCAUCAAUCAGUGUUCCAAGUGAAAAGAGGUUGCCAGUUUCGAAAAUUUCAGUUCUUUUAAUUGACAAAACAAAAAAGAAUUGCAUCUUGCUGAGUGGUAGCAUCACUCAGGGUGUAAAAUCGUUGAUUGAAAAGGAUGUGAAUGAGUCCUGUUGCGGUCCAGAUGGUUCUGUUAAGGCCAAACAAAUGAGCAAAAGAAAAAGAACCCCGAAUAAACGUUUGCGGGAUGAAUCGGAUGCUGAUGAAUGUCACUUCCAACAAUUGGCUUUCUCAGCUAUUAAAGAAGCAACAAAGGAUGGCAUCAGUCAAAGCGAUCUUACCAUUAUUGAGAGCCAUGUUGUAUGUUCUUUGAGCAAAGUAAAGACAGCCGCUCGCUUUUAUAUUGUGCAAUGUGCUCGAGAAGCAAAAGCUCGUUGGAUUCCUAUUAAGGAUGUAAUUCAAAGCUUGCAGGGUCCAUUAGUGAAAAAGGAUUCCUCCGGAUGGGUGUACUCUCCUGUUGUCGAGUACUUCCACCUGCUCCCUUAUGCACGGAUCAUUUCUCAAUGGUACUCGAGGGAUGUCUCUCUUAUCAGUUUCGAGGAACCGGAGUAUGUACAGGAAGUUAUUAAUGUACAUGGAUUUGAAAUGAUCAAAGAUCUUUGUGAACCCGAAGUUCAAAAUAACGGGAAUGGGAUUCCAUUUGAUGGUGGCAUUGUAGAGGCUUCUAAGAACAUCAGCUGUGCUGAAUCAGAGAAGCAGAAUGAGAAGAAUGUGCAUUGCAUGAAUGACUUCUUUGAUGAUAACGAUGGGCCUUCUUGGACUAUGGAUGUGGACAAUCAUUCAACGGUUCACUUUGAAAAGAAGUUGACAUCCGAAAAUGUUGCUGAGAGAGUCCAACAUGAUUCUCAGCUAAAGAAGAUUAAUUCUCAUGCAGAGUGCGAAUUAAAUGGAAGGACUGAUAUUGCUAAGUUUGAUGUGGCAAACUCGGCAGUUCGCAACAACCUUAAUCAGCUGAAGGAUCAAAUUGAUACCAAUGGAAAAGCCGCAUCAAAUGAUAGGCCUGCUCAAGAUGGGAUAUCUUUGGGAAAUCAUACUCCGGUUAUUUGCGAGUCCAGAUCCAAAUUUUCAGCUAAACUACAAAAAGCCAUUGCCUCAAAGGAAAACAUCUUGUCGGAAACUGCUUUGAGAGUUCUACUUAGAAAGAGGGAUAAAAUGGUUCUUCAGCUUCGCAAUAUCGGAGAUGAGAUUGCUCAAUGUGAUCAAAAGAUGCAAACAAUUCUGAACGGUGGUGAAGAUGAUUUGGAAUUAAAGAUAGAAUUGAUCAUAGAAGGUUGUAACGAUGCGUCUCGAGAAAACCAAGGGUUGGCUUCCCAAGGCCAUGAAGGCCUGGGUUCGUCUCAAUGCAAAAAACGAAACAGGUCCUCAGAGGAAGCUUGCAGCAAGGCAAAUCCGUGUCAGUUGUUGGAUGGUAUAUGCAAAGACAGGAACUGGACAUUGCCAACAUACCAAGUAUUCCCAUCAGAUGGUGGAUAUCAAGCUAAAGUAACCGUAAAAGGGACUGACUUUGAGUCGUCGAGCGAGGGGAACGCAUGUCAGAAGCCCCAUGAAGCGAGAAGCUCAGCUGCAUCGAGGUUGUUGGUCAAGUUGGUUGACCAUGUCUAGUGGCUGAAACAACUGUAUCUUUUGUUUUCGGUUCCUCACCAUGUCAUCGUCGUUUUAAA